AUGGCAGGCUGCUCCUUCUCUGCGGAGGAGAAGGAGUCGCAGAGCAUCAGUGCUGAAACCGAGCGGCAGCUGCGUCGGGACAAGCGGAACGUCCGCCGGGAGCUGAAGCUGCUGCUGCUGCUGGGUGACACAGGAGAGAGUGGCAAGAAUACAUUCAUUAAACAAAUGAAGAUUAUUCAUGGAUCAGGUUACAUGGAAGAAGACAGGAAGGGCUUCACAAAACUGGUUUACCAAAAUAUAUUUACUGCCAUGCAAGCAAUGAUUAGAGCCACAGAUACUCUCAAGAUACAGUACACAUCAAAGAGAAUGAGCCAGAAUGCUCAAAAGAUCAAAGCAGUGGAAGUGGGUAAGGUGGCAGUACUGGAAAGAAAACAAGUUGCAGCUACGAAAAAGCUCUGGGAAGACCCAGGAGUUCAAGAAUGCUAUGACAGACAAAGGGAGCCCCAGCUCUCAGACUCCGCUAAGUAUUAUCUUGAUCAUAUUGCUAUGCCCUCAUUUAUGCCAAGUCAGCAAGAUAUUCUUAGAUACCAAGUGCCAACCAAAGGAAUUAUUGAGUAUCCUUUUUACCUUCUUAAAAUAACUAACAUGUUGACUGUAUUUCUGUUUAGCAGAAUGGUGGAUGUAGGUGGCUAAAGGUCAGAAAGAAGGAAGUGGAUCCAUUGUUUUGAAAGUGUUACUUCUAUUGCUUUCUUAGUUGCAUUAAGUGAGUAUGAUCAAGUCUUGGCAAAAUGUGAGAAUGAGAAUCAAAUGGAAGAAAGCAAGGCCUUAUUUAAAACUACCGUAUCUCUCUGGUUUCUGAAUACUUCAGUUGUUUUAAGUAAAAAGGAUCUUCUAGAAGAGAAAUUAAUGUAUUCUCAUCUCAUUACUUACUUUCCAGAAUACACAGCACCUAAAUAAGACAUCAAAGCUGCCACCUAUCAAGAUCAAAAUCCAGACAAGGAGAAAGUAAUCUACUUCCACAUCAUUUGUGCCACAGACACAGAAAAUAUUAGUUUUGUCUUCGCUGUUGUCAAGGACAUGAUCCUGCAAUUAAACCUCAGAGAGUUCGAUCUGGUUUGA